ACAUACAAAAACUGAGUGGCAUCACUAGCCGGCGCUGGAGAAGGAGGCAACCAAGAGAAAGAGAGAAGGAGGAAAGAAUUUAGAGAGAAAGAGAGGGAAAUAGGUGCGAAAAAUUUCGGACUUGGUUGGAAAUUCCUAGAUUUCGAUUUGUAGAGGGCCAAUAAUUAUUGAAUAGACCGCAGCAUCACUAAAUGUGCGUGCCUCAUAUGCAGCAGCCAUCGAUUACAGUCGCAACCGCAUCCUCCUCGUGAAGGAACUUCAAACAUAACACAAAAACACAGCCCAGCUCCGCGGAAGACAUGUUGACGCACAAGACUUGUCAGGCACGGAAAAAGAUGCAGGUUUCCUUCGUGAUACGAGACGCCGAGGAGAAACAGCAUCGGAAUGGUGUCAAUUCGUUGCAGCUAGAUCCGAACAAUGGCAAAUUGUAUUCGGCCGGACGUGAUGCGAUCAUCCGGGUUUGGAACACGCGCUCGGAGUCCAGCGAGAAGUACAUACAGUCGAUGGAACAUCACAAUGAUUGGGUCAACGACAUAGUGCUGUGCUGCAACGGAAGGAACCUUAUCAGCGCCAGUUGUGAUACCACGGUGAAGGUGUGGAAUGCACAGAAAGGCUUCUGCAUGUCGACCCUCAGAACACAUCGCGACUAUGUCCAGGCUCUGGCCUAUGCGAAGGAUCGAGAACAAGUAGCCAGCGCUGGGCUAGACAAAGCGAUAUUCCUGUGGGAUGUCAACACACUAACAGCGCUAACUGCCAGCAACAACACCGUUACAACCUCUAGUCUGACUGGGUCAAAGGAUUCGAUCUAUAGCCUGGCCAUGAAUCCCUCUGGCACCGUAAUUGUGAGCGGAUCCACCGAGAAUAUACUGCGAAUAUGGGAUCCAAGAACUUGUAUGCGAAGCAUGAAGCUCCGAGGACACACGGAAAACGUUCGCUGCCUUGUAGUCUCCCCAGACGGCAACCAGGUUGUAUCCGGAAGCUCUGAUGGCACCAUCAAGGUCUGGAAUUUGGGCCAACAACGCUGCGUUCAGACUAUACACGUACACAAGGAGGGCGUGUGGUCGUUGCUAAUGAGCGAGAACUUUCAAUACAUAAUAUCGGGGAGCAGGGAUCAAAAUAUUAUUGUGACAGAGAUGCGUAAUCCCAGCAACAAGACGCUCGUAUGCGAGGAGAAGGCGCCUGUGCUCAGUCUGGGCUACAACAUGGACAAGACUGGCGUGUGGGCCACCACCUGGAAUUCGGACAUUCGCUGUUGGAAGCUGCCCAUGUACGAUAGAGGCACCCUGAACUCGUCGGGCGGUUUGGAUGCACAGUGGACGCAAGGUGGCACGGAGCUGGCUUGCAUCAAGGGCGGGGCCGCCAUCAAGGAGUGUACUGUGCUGAACGACAAGCGUUAUAUAUUAACGAAAGACUCCCAGGAUCAAGUCGUGCUCUACGACGUUCUAAGAGUGGUCAAGAAGGACACUCUGGGCCCAAUCGACUACGAGGCGGAGGUGAAAAAGCGCAACAAGCAAGUCUACAUUCCAAAUUGGUUCACAGUGGAUCUCAAAACUGGGAUGCCAACGAUUGUUUUGGGUCAGGAGGAGGUCGAUUGCUUCUCGGCUUGGGUGUCUAUUGAGGCCGGACUGCCGGAGUGCGUCGAUCCCACAACAGAGAUAAAGAUAAACUAUGGGAAAUUACUCUUGGAGGCACUGCUCGAGUACUGGACACCACCGCAUAGCAUACCGCAAAACGAAUUGGAGCCGGACAUGCACGGCAACGGCUACUUUCAAGUGCCCAAACAUACACCAGUCAUAUUCAGCGAGGUGGGCGGGCGGACUGUCUGCCGUCUGUUGGUCCGCGACGCAGCGGGCGACAGCGAAUGCACUCUGCUACAUGAGACAGCACCGCAGUGGGUUACCGAUGUGGUGAUUGAGAAGAACAUUCCCAAGUUCCUCAAAAUACCGUUCUUCCUGCAGCCCCAUCCACAGAUGACCAAGCCAGAGCGCACCAAGAAGGAUCGCCUGGUGGCCAACGAGUUCAUUCAGUGCCGCAAGGUGUGCGAGCAUGUGCUCGAGAAGGUCCUCAAUGCAGAGACAACCCCAAGCGGGGCCAACGCAAACAAUUCAUUGCAGAACAGCCAAAGCGACGGCAACUCGGAAGGCUCACAGCUGCCAGCGGAGGAACGCAUCGAACUGUCGUGCAACGAUGUGGUCGUGGACCCCAACAUGGACCUGCGUACGGUGCGUCACUUCAUCUGGAAGCAAUCAACAGAUCUUACAUUUCAAUACAAAACAAAGCAGAACUUCAAUUACGACGGUUCGAUCGGAGAUAGUCUGGAGCGCGUCACGCGAAAGUAUUGAGCGACGGCAUGGAAUCUCUCUCUCUCCUAGCCGAUUCCCGCUAAAUUGAAAGAUUUAAGCUGUAGUUUGUUCGAUUAACCAUUUGUAUGUAUUUUGCAAUGUAUUUGUAAUUACUUUGUCCUGUGGACUAACCAUUUAAGAAGGAAUCUGUUUAAACAUUUAUUUUAUGUAAAUGCACCAGGGUGCUAUUUGUUUGCUCUGUUUAGGAAUUAUUAUAUACUUCAGAUUCAGACUUAAAAGAGAUUAAGUUUGCGACACAACACACAAGUAGAUAAUCCGCAGACAUACCAUUUACAUUAUCUGGCAUCGCAUCUGAAAACAUUUAGAUCUAGAGAAUUGCGCAUAUAUGUAUGUAAUAUUCACAUUUGUUUUAC